ACAAACUUAAAUAAUUCUUGUGAUUGUGUAAAGCUGCUUUGCGGCAAUGAAAAUUGCUAAAAGUGCUAUACAAAUAAAAUUGAAUUGAAUUGAAUUGAAUCUGGCCUAAAGGUGGCGUUAGAACUCAGUCAGGGAAUCUCUGUUAAAUUACUGUCUUUCAGAACACUUACACACACACACACACACAGCAGAUUUAUUGUGCUAAUCUUAGCAAAUUAUACAGGUAUUAAAAAUUUUUUGUUUGUAAUUUUUAGUUUUUAAGUAAAGAACUGUUGUCGAAUCAUAUUUAUACCUGUUUAAAGCAGUUACAGUUCAUACCUGAUGUAAUAAAAUGGGUGUGGUAAUGUGACUAUUUCCUGAAAAGUGAAAGUGAUAAGUUUCUGUUCUGCUGCGUGCUGAGUCACGCUGCCUGAGGACUGGGCGUGAAGCUGCUGUGCAGCGUGAUUAAGAACGUUUGCUUCAGAACCUCCGUUACUGCCUGCUGGAGAGAGAAACCCAGUGUUCUGAUCUUCUCUAAUCAUCUCUGGAUACAGGAAAGUCUAGCAGAUCUUCAUGAUGAGUGUAACAUCACGUUUGUCCAAGCAGCAGGAGCUGAAGCUAGGUUCUCUACUUGGUCAUGUUAAACUCAGUCUGCUGUUUAAGGCCAGUGUCCAUGGCUUCACAGCUGACGCCUUCCACAGGAAGUGUGACCGUCAGGGUCCCACUGUUACUGUAGCAUAUAAUAACUCCGGCUACAUCUUCGGAGCGUACACCAGUAAGGAUUACGCUCAGACUGGUCAGAACAUUGUAGAUGACAAAGCCUUCCUGUUCAGCUUUAAUGAGCGUGAGGUUGACAAGGCUCCUCUGCGUGUGGUCAGUUCCAAUACUCAGUAUGCCUUCACUGAUGGAAACACUGGUCCCAAUUAUGACUCCUUGCUUUUCCUGUACAAUAACACCGCCACCGUGUACAGCAAUCCAGGGACGUAUAAUUUCAACCCAGUGGAGAUGCAUGGCAAUGACCUCCAGCUGACCGAGUGUGAGGCGUACCGUGUGGAGGGGUUUGGAUCACUCAUGGAGAACCCAUGGAGGAAAAUCGAAUGGAGUGUGGAGAAGAGGAAGACUCUGAUGGAUGCAAUUUCACGCUGGACCCCGAGUGUGAGCUCGGUGCAGAAAGCUCGUGUGUUGCUGGUCGGUGCUGUGGGAGCGGGCAAAUCCAGCUUCUUUAACUCUAUUUACUCUGUGUUUAAGGGCCACGUGAGCUGCAGGGCCAACACGGGCAUCGCUGGCACCAGCCUCACCACACAGUUCCGUGUGUACUCUAUUAAGGCAGGUGGUAAGUUUCUACCGAUCACGCUGUGUGACUCUAUGGGACUGGAGGAGGGAGCUAACGCUGGAAUGGACAUUGACGACUUCACCAACAUUCUAAAGGGUCACAUUCAGGACAGAUACCAGUUUAACCCGUCAGUUCCUCUCCAGUCAGACUCUCCUUAUUUCAGUAAAACUCCCAGUGUGCAGGAGAAGAUCCACGCUGUGGUGUACGUGAUGGACGCCUGCAAGGUUAACCUGCUAUCUGACAAGAUGAUCGAGAAACUGUCUUCUUUCCGCAGAAAAGCCAACCACAUGGGAAUCCCACAGGUGGUUCUGCUCACUAAGGUGGAUGAAGCGUGUCGUUUGGUGGGAGAGGAUCUGAAACAACUAUAUCAGAGCCAGUACAUCUACAAGAUGAUGCAGGAGGUGAGUGUCCAUCUGGGCGUUUCUCUCUCCAACGUGGUUCCAGUGAAGAACUACUACAAAGAGCUGGAGCUCGAGCUGAACACCGACAUCGUGCUUCUCAACGCCGUUCAGCAGAUCCUCAGAACCGCCGAGAUGUACUUCGAUGAUAUUUCCUGCGAGGAAGAGUAGCAUCACAGGACGUUUUACAUGCUAAAUUGCAUCAUGGUCAUGUUGCUAAAACUGCUCUAGACUUAAACCUGCACACUUCUGCUGCUAUUUAAAUCAGAUUUAUUUUCAGUGUUCACUUACUGCUCUAUGAAAUAGAGACAUGAGGAAAUUGUUCUUUUGAAAAUGAAUCACUUUCUGGCAGUCACUUCCUAUCAGGUGACCACCUCAGAUUCUUAUUAAAAAUUGGCAAAAUGAACCUCAUAUGGAGUAACAGAAAUCCCCAUGUUUUAAUUCAACAAAUUAUGAUUUUCCAGGAGUUAUGAUGUUUGAAAUUCAGCUUCCAUGCCCCCUUUGCAUUCGCAAAUCACAUCUCCAAUUUGUGAGAAUAUUCAAAUGGUCACAUCUUCAUUUUAUAACAAGAAACAAUACUGAAACUUGCUAUCUUGAGUCACUUUGUCCCAUUCCUCCAGAGUCUAGUGUCACGGUUCAGUUAAGAUUCAUCUGGAACAAGUUAUGAGCUUCUAAAAAUCAGAUUUUGAUUUCCAGCAGAGACUUUUUUUUCUACAGAUUUUGACUUUGAUCUCUAGGGUCACAUGGAGCACUAUGUAGUCAAUAUUUUACUGUGUUAUUGUUAUUUGAGAUAGAAACUCAGAAUUAAUGAAAUCUCAGAUAUCUAUCCAUCUCAAAAUGGUCGCAAGUAAAAAAAAAACAAAGGAAAUUUUAUUGAAAUCACAGUUUAAAGAUAUACAUAUAAUUAUCUCAACUCGAUUCUAUCAAUAAAAACUUCCUAUAAAGUUUCAUCAGAACCAGGUAGUUUCCUGGAAAUUGGUUCAUUUGGUACAGAAUGACCCAUACACCUUUAAGUUGUUAUUGUUGUUGUUGUUAAAUUCAUGUAUAAUAAACACAGUAACAGUGUACACAUUAAAGCAGAACUCGGCUGUGUAUAAAAGUAAAAGUGAAAACUUCUAGCUUAUGAACCACAUCGCAUCUGCUGGAGGUAAACAGCUAAUGCGUGCUGAUAAAAAAUAUAUACCAGAUAACAUAAA